AAUUACAGUAAAAUCGGCGCAGUUUCUCUAAAUCAACUAAAUCUAUCACUUCUCCUUCAAUAAUUUCCUUCAACAAACGCGUAAUUCACAGUUAACAACUAUCAGCAGCCAACCUUAAACAUGCAAGACGAGGUCACAGGUAUCUCGCGGAGCGGGCGAGUGCGGAAGAAGAGCUCCAAGCUCAUGGAUUUCGAGUCUCCGGACGAUAUCGAGACGCGGUUCCGGCGGCAGACGCCCGUGAAGUCCUACACGGCGUUUAGGCAGGAGGAACAGCCAGAGUUCAGAGAGGCGCCGCAGCCGAUGGAGGAGGGUGCGGCGUCGGGCAGCGACUCUGAUUAUUAUGAGAAUAACGGGGAGAAUGCUGAAAGUAUGGAGUCGGACAGCUCCGCCUCGGACGAGGGCUCGGCUCGCACACCGGCGAACUCUCUCUACAUGAUGGAGAAGAGCAAGAAGAAACUUAUUGUUAAGGACGGGAAGGUCAUUGGACGCGCUAAGGCUCAGCGGAAAGAUAAAGGCAAGACGCGUAUCACUGCAUACAUGUUGUGGGCCAAAGAGGCGCGUAACGAACUGCUUCGUAACCACCCCGAUAUGGACUUUAGCGCCAUCUCCAAACGGCUGGGGGAAAUGUGGUCUAAUGUGAACUAUAAUGAGCGCUACUUGUGGAAGCGUAAGGCGAAGCGCUUCGCCAUGCAGAAGGAACAGAGCCUCCACUCGGGAGUCAGCAAGAUCAUAUCUAAUCCGAGCCCCCGGCCGACCCACCCGGGCCCGGGCCGCCCGCCGGCGCGCCGCACGGUGCCGGAGCCUCUGCCGCCCAACAACCAGAUCAUACCGGUAAGCUUAUCUAACUAUACUAUAGUGUCAGGGGCGGCACAAAGCGGCGCCGGCGUGUACCGCGUGACUGGCGUGGGUGCUGUCGAGGUGGCCGCACAUCUGCGACUCCUGGGCGAGAGCCUGGCCAUCAUCGGGGAGCGGCUCAAGGAGCACGAGGGCCAGAUAGCGGUGUCCGGGUCGGUGUCGGUGCUGCUGGACACGCUGCUGUGCGCGCUGGCGCCGCUGCUGGGCGUGUGCCGCGCCGUGCCGCAGCUCGCGCCGCCGCCCGCGCUACUGCAGCGCACGCUCCACAACAUCGCCUACAUCAUGCCCGGCCUCUAGGA